GGGCAGGAUAAAUACCUCUGAACACAAGCAACUAAAGUUGGCUAGGAGUUUAACUCGUGGUAUUAUUGACAGGGAUCUUAAGCCGAGCUCUAAUGAACGGAAGAUAAUCCAAAGAAUUUUAAAAUAUCCACCAACAAGGGCUUUGAGUGGAGAUGAGAGACAGUUGCUUUGGAAAUUUUGCUUCUCAUUGAUGUCUGAGAAGAGGGCACUAACAAAGUUUCUAAGAUGUGUUGAAUGGAGUGAUGUUCAGGAAGCAAAGCAGGCAAUCGAACUGAUGGGCAAGUGGGAAAUGAUUGAUGUGUGUGAUGCAUUGGAGCUUCUAUCACCACUAUUUGGAAGUGAAGAGGUAGGCCUAAGUAAGAUUAGGAUGGCUUAAAAUUGUCAAUUUCCCUUUCUUGGAACUCAGUAUGCUGUCACAGUGAUCUAGGCUAUUGUAUUGUAGCCUUAUCACUCACUAGGCUUAAUGGCAUGGAGAAGCUUAUAUUGUAAGGCUGGAUGAACUUUUGGAACUGGAAAGAGUUGAAUUCAAUUAUCCAUAGAGUAUCACAUCAACAGUUUAUCUAGAUUUGUAGAUAAUCUACAAUCUUAUUUAUAACUGAUUAAUGCUUAAUUCUCAAUCACUCUUGACAGGUUUGUGCUUAUACUGUCCAAUAAAUAAGAUGUUUGAUU